AAUAUAAAAAAUAAGUAUAUUCCCAUGCCUUUAAAAUGUUUUAACAUCAGUUACAUAAUUUGUCAGAUAUUAGGUCCUUGUUUUUAGGUUGCUGCUGUAUUUUUUUUUAAGAUUUAUUAGGUAAAAUUAUCAGCAAAGCUGUUUAUAUGACUUUGGUGAGUCUCAGGAUGAGUCAGCAUCAAGGACCAAGUCAUGAUGAACGGGGUGAAGUGACGGCGGUGGUGUUUCAAAUUCCAAUUUCUUGGCAGGAAGUGGUGUGGAAGUAGAUUCAAAGAAGGCCGUGAUUGUUGACAAGUUCUUGAAGACCAAUGUUGCUGACGUCUUUAGAGCUGGAGAUGUAACCGCUUUCCCUCUGACCGUUCGUGGAGACCAAAGGGUUAACAUUGGUCACUGGCAAAUGUCACAAGCUCAAGGAAGAGUAGCCGCCCUGAACAUGCUAAAAAAAACAACCAAAAUUGACUCGGUUCCUUUUUUCUGGACUGUGCUGCUUGGGAAGAGCAUCAGAUACACAGGUCGAGGUUCACUGAGGUCAUUUCCACCUGAGAGUCUUUCAGCCUGGAUGGUGCUGACUGUCCUCUGUGCAGGCUAUGGUGAAGGACACACAGAAAUCAUAUUCAAGGGCAAAGUGGAAGAAAGGAAAUUCCUGGCGUUUUACAUAAAGGAUGACGUGGUGGUGGCUGCAGCCAGUCUGAUGUUCGAUCCUGCUGUGGCUCGUGUCGCAGAGUUGAUGGCUACUGGCCAGACUAUAACCAAUCUCAGGAUGAGUCAGCAUCAACAACCAAGUCAUGAUGAAGGGGGUGAGGUGACGGAGGUGGUGUGUCAGGAAUCCGACCUGAAAGAUGGACAGAUGAAAGAAGUAGCUGUGGGGGGUCAGAAGGUGCUGCUGGUCCGUACUCAGGGACAGUACAGUGCAGUUGGAAGCCAGUGCUCCCACUACAAUGCUCCUCUCAUCAAGGGUGCUCUGGUUGGUGACAGGGUCAGAUGUCCCUUUCACGGCGCAUGCUUCAACGUCAGAACUGGAGACAUUGAAGAGUAUCCGGGACUGGACUGUCUGCCAAGCUAUAAGGUCAAAGUCAAAGAUGGGAAGGUCUACGUUACCAUCGACAAAAAGCACCUCGGGUUAACAAAGCGUGUGAGGGAGAUGUGCAGCGUGGCGCCGGGUGCCAAACACACUGUUCUGCUCAUCGGAGGAGGUCCUGCAUCGCUGCUCUGUGCCGAGACCCUGCGACAGAAUUGCUACGAAGGUCAAAUCAUCAUGGUGACCAAAGACACCCUCCCUCCGUUUGACAAACCCAAACUGAGCAAGGCUAUGAACCUGGACAGCGGCAGCAUCGUCCUUCGCUCCACUGACUUUUAUCAGCAGCACGGAAUAGAAGUGUGGCUACAGAAAGAGGUGGUGUCGGUGAACCCCGCUGGGAAGGAGGUGAAGCUGAGCGACGGCACUUCGCAGCAUUACGACCAGCUCCUCAUCUCCACGGGCUGCAGAGCGCGGCCGCUCAGCUGUCCUGGCGCUGACCUGACUGGAGUGAAACUACUGCAGGGAUACGAGGAUGCCAGAGAGAUCCACAGCUCGUGCCUCGGAAAGAAGGCUGUAGUCAUCGGCACUUCCUUCAUAGGUAUGGAGGUGGCAUCCUACUUGUCAGACAAAGCUGCCAGCGUGUGCAUGGUCGGCUCUGCCACAUACCCGUAUGAACGGAGUCUGGGCCCAGAGAUCGGCAGGAUGACCAUGCAGAUGAUGCAGGAGAAAAACGUAACAUUCCACAUGAACGAAAGCGUGACUGAGAUCAGAGGGGAGAACGGCAAGGUGAAGGAGGUGGUGCUCCGCAGUGGUACAAUCCUGGAAGCUGAUGUGGUGAUUGCUGGAAUUGGUGUGAUUCCCAAUUCCGAUUUCUUGGCAGGAAGUGGUGUGGAAGUAGAUUCAAAGAAGGCCGUGAUUGUUGACAAGUUCUUGAAGACCAAUGUUGCUGACGUCUUUAGUGCUGGAGAUGUAACCGCUUUCCCUCUGACAGUUCGUGGAGACCAAAGGGUUAACAUUGGUCACUGGCAAAUGUCACAAGCUCAAGGAAAAGUAGCUGCCCUCAACAUGCUAAAGAAACCAACCAAAAUUGACUCGGUUCCUUUUUUCUGGACUGUGCUGCUUGGGAAGAGCAUCAGAUACACAGGCUAUGGUGAAGGACACACAGAAAUCAUAUUCAAGGGCAAAGUGGAAGAAAGGAAAUUCCUGGCGUUUUACAUAAAGGAUGACGUGGUGGUGGCUGCAGCCAGUCUGAUGUUCGAUCCUGCUGUGGCUCGUCUCGCAGAGUUGAUGGCUACUGGCCAGACUAUAACCAAGGCUCAGGCUCAAGCUGAGGACCUGAGUUGGCUGCAGAUGUAACCAUGGCAACGGAGGCUACCGUUCGAUCUUGUCCCUUCCCAAAUCAAAAGGACCCAACGGGUCGUCCUCCUGGACGCCAGUAAGGCCUCUGGUCUGAUCUAACACGUACCUCUGUUACUGUAAAUCAAGGAAAUCUUUAUUUAAGUUAUACUUUGUUCUCAUGAGUUCACUUGACUGUAAGUAGAUUCCCCUGUAUUGAUUGUACUGAAUGUGGGAUCUCUAACUGAUUCCAGUUUUUCAUAUUCCAAUUACAGUUUAAUAACAUACAUUCUUCCUAAUUUGCAAAUCUUAAUGUUUGCAACAUAAUUGGUUUCGUAAAACUAAAUGACUUAAAUGACUGAUUAUAUGAUCUCAUACUUUUUAAAUGAGCUCUAAAGGUUUUUUGAACUCACUUUCACACGUACUGUAAUGCCUUAACCCAUACGCUGCAAGUGUGUGUUUACAUUUAUUGUUGGUGUUCAUCACAUGGUGUGUUUUGUAUUUAGUGUGUUAGUGUUUAAAAGAUGAGGUAGGCACUCAUCUUACAGGGUUAUGUGCAAACGCAUAAUUAAUUCUAGGGUAAAUUAAUGAGAGUAAUUCCUCAUUUUAGCUCUUCAAAAUAAAUGUCAGAAUAUUUAUACUUGUCAGUCUGUGUUUGUAGCUCAGGGAGAUUUUCUGUUCUUCUGCAGGAAAAGUAGUUUUGCUAGACUUUAUUAGAGGUUAUAUUAUAAAUUGUCUAUGUUUUGUUAAAAACGUUAUGAAAUAUUGCUACAUUUGAUAUAAAACUGUCACUCAUGCUUUGCUUUAAUAAACAUUUCAUAAACCA